CUUCUCCUUGUUCAACUGUGCAACUGGCAUUCAUGUAGUCAAAAUAAUCUGUAGCUGGUUAUUACUAGGUUUUUUUUUUUUUGUCGUCGGACGUCUGUCCUGACAGGAGGCACUAGCUUGAGGUAUUUUGUAGCAUCUUUUGACUAUGGACAGCGAGGGAAGGAAGGUGGUGGUCUGUGAUAAUGGCACUGGGUUUGUCAAGUGUGGCUUCGCUGGAUCCAACUUCCCGGACCACAUCUUCCCUGCCAUGGUGGGCCGACCGAUCAUUCGAUCAACCACCAAAGUGGGCAACAUCGAGAUAAAGGAUUUGAUGGUAGGAGAGGAGGCCAGCGAGUGCCGCUCCAUGCUCGAGGUGUCGUACCCCAUGGAUAACGGCAUGGUGCGCUGCUGGGAGGACAUGCUCCACCUGUGGGACUACACCUUCGGUCCCGACCGCCUAGACAUCAGCCCUCCAGACUGUAAGGUCCUGCUGACGGAGCCACCCAUGAACCCCAUCAAGAACCGUGAGAAGAUUGCAGAGGUCAUGUUCGAGACUUACCAGUUCCACGGCAUCUAUGUGGCAAUUCAGGCGGUGCUCACUCUGUACGCCCAGGGUUUACUGACCGGUGUGGUCGUCGACUCGGGGGACGGCGUCACCCACAUCUGCCCGGUGUACGAGGGCUUCUCUUUACCCCACCUCACACGCAGGCUGGACAUUGCGGGACGUGACAUCACGCGCUACCUCAUUAAGCUGCUGCUCCUGCGAGGUUACGCCUUCAACCACACGGCUGACUUUGAGACCGUGCGCAUGUUGAAGGAGAAGCUGUGCUACGUGGGAUACAACAUCGAGCAGGAGCAGCGCCUGGCCACAGAGACCACCGUCCUGGUGGAGUCAUACACACUCCCUGACGGCCGGCAGGUGAUGGUGGGUGGCGAGAGGUUCGGGGCCCCCGAGGCUCUCUUCCAGCCCCACCUCAUCAACGUGGAGGGAGCGGGAGUGGCCGAGCUCCUGUUCAACACCAUCCAGGCCGCCGACAUCGACCUCAGGGCAGACUUCUAUAAGCACAUCGUGCUGUCAGGAGGCACCACCAUGUACCCCGGCCUGCCAUCCAGGCUGGAGAGGGAGAUCAAGCAGCUCUACCUGGAGAGGGUGCUGAACGGAGACACUCAGAAACUCUCGAAGUUUAAGAUCCGCAUCGAGGACCCUCCCCGGCGUAAACACAUGGUGUUCCUGGGCGGCGCCGUGCUGGCCAACAUCAUGAAAGACAAGGACUCCUUCUGGCUGAGCCGGGCCGAGUACCUGGAGAGAGGCCUGGCAGUGCUGGACAAACUGGGAGGCGGCGUCAGAUAAGAAAACACAACUUAAAUGUCAAUCAAAAUCAAAAACAGUUUGUUCUAGCCAAUAAAGCGGGACCUCUGGAAUAGAUCGAGAACCAUAAUGUGCCAAUUAAAAAGUGCAUUGGACUCUUUUUUUUUUUUUUUAAUCGCUAAAAGCUGAUGGACAUGAUGACAAAAAUGAACUAGUUUGUGCUGGAGAACAUCACUGAAUGCUUUCAAACAAAUGUGCAAUAUUACGUUAUGGUGGCACAUCGCUAUAAACAUAUCCAAGUCAUAAUGUCUAUAAAGCAGAACAAAAUGAUUUUCUCUCUUCUUGUCAUUUUCCAUCAGUCUAUUGCAG